AAAACGUCAACGAGUGUGUUCGGUCUUGGACUAUUGCUUUGCCAGAGCCAGCGACGAUCUCUCUUCCUCGUCUUCGCCUCUCCGUCCUCCCAAAGGUCUCCUCUCGUCCCGCAUUCCGUACUUCGGUUGAUGGCCUCACCGGCAGCUUCAGCAGCAGAAACAGAGUUCACUCAGGAAACUGCUCGCCAGUCUCUGAUCGCGAUCUCCCAGUCCCUUCCUGAGGCAGGUUCACUCCGAAGCACCAACGUCAAGCCACCGAGCACCCCUGUGGCAAACGGGUAUCAGGAUGCUGGGGCGGCGAACUGCAGAUCAAAGCUGAUGUCAAUCUCUGACCUUUCCUCUCCUGAUGCUCUACCCACGCCAUGCCCUCCCAAGAAUAUUGCAACCAACUGUAUGAUGGCUGACGCCUAACUCUGCGUAUGUGGACAUGUGUUGGGCGUGGUGUAUCGGUGUUUCUAUUUUCUUGCGGUGACGUCCUUUAGCCUUUUAUUGGCUUGGUUUGGGGUGGAAAGGAAGUGUUUGGGCACGUGUGUUUAAACUGAAACUUUAUGGAAAGAAAACAGACAGUUGUACAGUUGGCUCUGUUAUGCUAAGUAAGGAAUUAGUUGCUGGAAACAAGUUUGUGCUUCCUGCAGUUGUACAGUACAAUUUGUUUUUGUUCCAUAGCUUGACUCUAAGACUUUCAUGUGUUAUAUUAAGGGAUAAGACUUGUUUGAAA